GAAGCAAUGGCAGCAGCAGCAGCGCAGGUGCUAGUGUCGAGCUUGGUGCUCAUGAUGGUUGCAGCCGCGGCUGCUACUUACAGCUAUCCGGACCAGCCGACGGACUACAUCCUUCUCAGCCGCCUGUACAGGAGAGGGCCGGAGCGUGCUCAGUGCAUUGGCAGGAACAGGAAGUGCCGGUUGAUGGUGCUCCAGUGCCCGUGGCAAUGCCCCGACCGGAAGAGCACCGUCCAGGGGAAGCAGUCGUGCUUCAUCGAUUGCUCGCCUAAGUGCGAGGCUACGUGCAAGCGCCGGAAGCCCAACUGUCGAGGCUAUGGCUCCGUCUGCUACGACCCCCGCUUCGUGGGAGGAGACGGAGUCAUGUUCUACUUCCACGGCAUGUCGGACAAGGAUUUCGCCAUCGUCUCGGACAGCAGCAUGCAAAUCAACGCGCACUUCAUAGGCAAGCGCGUCCAGGGACGAAGCCGAGACUUCACCUGGGUACAAGCUCUGGGGGUCAUGUUUGGCGAGGAUAGCAGGAGCUUGACGGUGGGAGCCAAGAAAGUUGGCGUGUGGGACGACGAGGUGGACCAGCUGGUGUUCACGUACAAGGGCGAGCCAGUCGUGGUUCCGGCGGGAGCCAACUCGGUGUGGACUUCGGACAGUGGAGACGUGAGAGUGGAGCGAAUCGCGGAGACCAACAGCGUGGAGCUUGCGGUGGAGGGGCUGCUGUCGGCUUCCAUCACCGUGGUGCCCAUCACGGAGAGAGACAACAAGAUCCACAAGUACGAGCUCACCCGGGACGAUUGCUUCGCUCACCUCGACAUCCAGUUCAAGUUUUUCAACCUGUCGAGCGCUGUGGAUGGAGUGCUGGGGCAGACUUAUCGGCCAGAGUUUCACAACCCGGUCAAGGUGGGCGUGCCCAUGCCGAUCAUGGGCGGGGAGGACAGGUUCCAAGUUAGCUCUUUGAUCAGCGCGGAUUGCAAGUCGUGCGUGUUCCAGGCCCAGGCCCAGGCCCAGGCCGCCGCUAGUAGCACCAUCACCGACAUGGGAUUGGGAAUGGAAGUGGCGACUCAAUGUAGCAGCAACAGUGGCAGCGGUGGAAUGAUGUGCCGCAGAUAAAAGAGAGCUUCUUGUUUGGUUCGAGUGUCUUUUUAACAUAACGGAGCGUUUCUCCUUUCCUCUG